AUGAAAGGAGAAGAGGUUGGAGAUGUAGGAGCAGUGAAAUUAGAGAUGGCCUUGUAUGUGAGGAGAGCACUCAGACAUCGCAGAGGAUAUGGCAGAGAGGCAGCUGGAAACCUGAGAGAGGACAGAGGGGUACAGAUCAUCAGCAUAAAGGUGAUAUUGAAGGCCAAAGGAGUUAAUGAGCGCACCCAGGGAAGAGGUAACUACAAGUCCCAGCAAGCCUCCCCCACUUGCUGGUACUUGGAGAACCACAAGUACCAGCAUCUGGCCACUAAGCCCUUCUACGCCUUGCUGGACUCCGAAGCUGCUGGGAAUUUUAUCUCUGCCUGUUGCACCCAGGAAAUGGGUUUAAAGCUGAAGUCCAUAGACCGACCCAUUAUGCUGACUGCUAUUAAUGGCACUCAAAUAUCCAAUGGACUCAUUUCCAGUUGCACGGAGCCGACCAAGCUGCAGGGAUUCGUGAAUAAGCGCUUUCUAGACAUGCUAUACCAGAGCAUAGUGGUCUACUUAGAUGACAUACUGAUCUUUGCCAGAAACCUCACGGAACAUAGAAUUCAAGUCAAGGAAGUACUUCACCAUCUGCGUAAGAACCAACUAUAUGGCAAAAUCUCAAAAUGCACCUUUGAAGUACCGUCAAUUUCUUUCCUUGGUUAUAUUAUCUCGGGCAUAGAGCUUCGCAUGGACCCGAACAACCCCAGUGGAGACCGAAGCUGGAACGGAAUUUGUGGUCAAGACUAUACUCGAUUAUCGUUACCGUCACAAGAUUCUGCAGUAUCUGGUGGAAUGGAAAGGCCGAUUCCUCUGUAUUACAAAUAUCUUCUAACUUUCAUUUACGUCAUUGAAGAAAUUAACAAAGAUCAGACAAUAUUACCCAAUGUUACUCUGGGAUAUCACAUAUAUGAUUCUUGUACACAAUCCAAGAAAGCUGUAAAGAGUGUCCUCCAGAUUUUAUCAGGAUCAAGGAAGACAAUUCCAAACUAUUCCUGUAUGGGACAUAGAAAGUUAUCUGGUUUUAUUGGAGAUCACAGUUCGCUAACAACAUUGCCCAUGGCACAGAUAUUGGCAUUAUACGGAUACACACAGAUCAGCUAUGGAGCAACCAGUUAUCUUCUCAGUGACCGCAACCUCUAUCCAACGUUCUACCGCACAGUACAAGGGGACCGGGCCAGUUAUUCUGUGCUAUCAAGUCUGAUCGAGUUGUUUGGAUGGACAUGGGUUGGAGUUUUAGCUUCUGAUGAUGACAGUGGUAAUGAAGAAAUUCAGCUUCUGACGGAAUAUCUGACUUCCAGAAGUGUCUGUGUUGCCUACAUAAUAAAAAUAAAGCAUUCCAAAUUAGAUGUCUUACAUGAAAUAAACAAGGAGAGAGCUAAUACUCUUAGAAAGUCAUCUGCCCAGGUUAUAAUACUCUGCGGGACAUAUUCUUCAUUUUUAGCUGAUCUUUUAACAAUAUUGACAGAUGUGAUCGCUGAUAAGACUCUAGUGUUUGGUCCAACAUUUGCCUUAAUCCCAUUUCUAAUGGAACAUUACAUGGAUGUAUUUAAUGGAAGUUUGGCCCUUCAACCUUCAUCUCUGACCAUGCGGGAUAUGAGAAGUUUCUAUGACAGUUUCCAGCCUUUGAAUCACCCAGAGGACAAGUUAUUAGAACAUAUAUGGCUUUUCUGGGCGAAUUGUUUGUCACGUGAUAAAAAUAUAAAUAACUUGUAUAGCGAAGUAUAUCAGAAAUCACUCUGCAACUGUCCUGGGAGGAAACGUAUAACAGAGUUUGCUAGUUUUCACAGCCCAGGACUGACUGAUCGAGUAUAUAAAGCAGUUUAUUCCAUGGCACAUGCUUUACAUAAUAUGCAUAUGUACUUAGGUGGACAGUCUCCUCAAAACAUGUAUCCUUCCUAUAGAUAUAGACAUCAGUCUCUCAAUGCAAUGGACACUACAGGUCUGAGAGAGUACGAACCUUAUGGUCCCAAUGGGAAUCAAGUUGGGACACCUAAGUGGCAGCAUGCCAUGAUGGAAGAGCCAAUGGAACAAAAAUUAGUUACCUCAGAACCAUCAAAUGCAUUAACCAUGCACCCUCAUCUGGAAUUCCAGAAAACAAGAAAACCACAAAGAUACACAGACAAUGACGAUGAUAUUGGAAAUACACCGUGGGCAUAUUAUGGCUCAGUGCCUAAGCCUGUGGAAUUCUGGGAUGGGGGCAGAUGUGUCAACUACUUUUCAAAAAUGAUUGGGCACCGUUAUCUCUACAGGAAAUCGAUAGACAAUAAAACAAUGCUGGAGCUCUCAAUGGAACAGACAAACUGUGACAGACCAAUAAUCAAGCUUUUCAUGAUUGAAACAGUCAAGGGCCUUAUUGUCGUCAAUGAAGCACAUAUCCCGAAGUCUCAGUGCUCAGAGAACUGUAAGCCAGGGACCAUGAAAGUGCUGACGUCUGAGCUAUAUUCCUGCUGUUAUUACUGUGCCCACUGCUCUGAGGGGGAAAUAUCCAAUGUGACAGACAGUGAAAAUUGUCUGAAGUGUGCUGAGCAUGAGUGGCCCAAUGAGAAGAAGACUCAGUGUGUUCCCAAAGUGCUGGAAUUUCUGUCCUACACAAAUGACACAAUCAUUGUUUUUAUCUUAAUAACAACUUUUUUUCUUUUUUCUUUAAUUAUUCUGAUAUUUAAAAUAUUUAUUUUGUACCGAGACACACCUUUGGUAAAAGCCAAUAACAAGAAUCUGAGUUUCCUGCUCCUGGUCUCCAUCAUGCUGAGCAUUCUCUCUGUGUUUCUUUUCCUCGGACGUCCUGUAGAUGCCACCUGCAUGCUGCGUCAGAUCUCUUUUGGAAUUCUCUUUUCAGUAGCCAUAUCUUGUGUCUUAGGUAAAACUAUCAUGGUUUAUAUUGUUUUUAAAGCCUCCAAACCUGGAAGUCAAUGGAAAAGCUGGAUCAGCACCAAGCUGUGUAAUUGUGUUGUGAUGUUGUGCUCAUCCAUCCAAGUGAUAAUCUGUAUGAGUUGGGUGAAUAUCUCCCCACCUUUCCAGGAGCUGGACACUCAUUCUUAUCAGGGGAGGAUCAUUGUUCAGUGUAAUGAAGGUUCACUUAUUGGUUUUUAUUCUGUCCUGGGUUAUAUGGGAAUCCUGGCAGCCAUUAGCUUUAUUACAGCUUUCUUGGCCAGGACAUUACCGGACAGUUUUAAUGAGACCAAAUACAUCACCUUCAGCAUGCUGGUGUUCUGCAGUGUCUGGACUACAAUGAUCCCGGCCUAUCUCAGCACAAAAGGGAAAUACAUGGUGGCUGUGGAGAUCUUUGCAAUACUAGCUUCAUGUGCUGGACUUUUAGGUUGUAUAUUUUUCCCAAAAUGCUACAUUAUCCUGUGGAGGCCAGAACUAAACACAAGAAAACAUCUACUUGAGAAAGGAAAUAAUCUGACUUACUCAUAA